GCUCGGCUCGGCCGGGCGGCUCUCGCGGUCCGCAGCCCGCAGAGCCGUCCCUGAGGAGGAGUCUGUGGCGCUUGUCAAAAUGAGAAAGUGAUCAUCAGAGUCUGGCUUGGUAUUCCUGCUGCUGGAGCCUUCAGGAGCCAGCACUCAGCCCAGCUGAAGCCAGAGGAGGAGGGCGGAGAAGCACAGCCUGAUCAGGAAUGUUUACCCUUGCAGAAGUUGCAUCGCUCAGUGACAUCCAGCCAACUUACCGUAUCUUGAAACCAUGGUGGGAUGUAUUUAUGGAUUAUCUCGCUGUUGUUAUGUUAAUGGUUGCCAUUUUUGCUGGAACCAUGCAGCUGACAAAAGACCAGGUGGUCUGCUUGCCAGUUUUGCAGUCUACUGUAAAUCCAAAAGUGCAGCCUGAUACAGCAGGGAAGGCUGAUUUUACCACUGUUGAAACAACCACUGGUCAAGAAGAAGCAUCAAUGAGAACUGUUUCCUUUGGUGCCCCUACUGUAAUACCUGACAUUCUGAGCAGAGCUACUACCUCUUCUCAGUAUCAACCCACUGAAUCAGACCAGGAGCUGAAGAAGGAGCAGAAAGAUUCCUCAGGCCGUAAAACAAAUUUGGAUUUUCAGCAGUAUGUAUUUAUUAACCAAAUGUGCUAUCAUUUGGCUCUUCCUUGGUACUCAAAGUAUUUUCCCUAUCUUGUUCUCAUCCAUACUAUCAUUUUAAUAGUGAGUAGUAAUUUUUGGUUCAAGUAUCCCAAGACUUGCUCAAAAAUUGAGCAUUUUGUGUCUAUAUUGGGGAAGUGCUUUGAGUCUCCUUGGACUACAAAAGCAUUGUCUGAAACGGCAUGUGAGGACUCUGAGGAGAACAAACAGAGGUUAACUGGUGCCCAGUCCCUUCCCAAGUACGUUUCCACUAGCAGUGAUGAAGGAAGCCCAAGUGCUAGCACUCCCAUGAUAACCAAAUCUGGCUUCAAAUUUUCAGCCGACAAGCCGAUGAUCGAGAUUCCCAGUGUCACGAUUUUAGAUAAGAAAGAUGGAGAGCAAGCCAAGGCGCUGUUUGAGAAAGUCCGCAAGUUCCGGGCUCACGUGGAAGACAGUGAUCUGAUUUAUAAGCUCUAUGUUGGCCAGACUGUCAUCAAGACUGUCAAGUUCAUAUUUAUUCUCUGCUAUACUGCGAACUUUGUCAACACCAUUAGUUUUGAACACAUCUGCAACCCAAAAGUGGAACACCUGAUUGGCUACACACAGUUUGAAUGUACACACAAUAUGGCUUAUAUGCUGAAGAAGCUGCUUAUCAGCUAUAUUUCCCUUAUCUGUGUCUAUGGUUUUAUCUGCCUCUACACGCUUUUCUGGCUGUUCCGAAUACCUUUAAAAGAAUACUCUUUUGAAAAGGUCAGAGAAGAGAGCAGCUUCAGCGAUAUCCCCGAUGUCAAAAACGAUUUUGCCUUUCUCUUGCACAUGGUAGAUCAGUAUGACCAGCUGUAUUCCAAGCGAUUUGGUGUCUUUUUGUCAGAGGUAAGCGAGAACAAACUGCGUGGGAUUAGUUUAAACCACGAGUGGACUUACGAAAAGCUUCGGCAGCACGUCUCCCGCAACGCCCAGGACAAGCAGGAGCUGCAUCUCUUCAUGCUGUCAGGAGUCCCCGAUGCCGUGUUUGAUCUGACGGAUCUGGAUGUUUUGAAAUUGGAGCUGAUUCCUGAAGCAAAAAUUACAGCCAAAAUUUCCCAGAUGACAAAUCUUCAGGAGCUUCAUCUGUACCACUGCCCUGCCAAGGUUGAGCAGACUGCCUUCAGCUUCCUCCGGGACCACUUGAGAUGCCUUCAUGUGAAAUUCACAGAUGUUGCAGAAAUUCCUGCGUGGGUGUAUUUGCUCAAAACCCUCCGUGAAUUGUAUUUGAUAGGCAACUUGAACUCUGAAAAUAAUAAAAUGAUAGGGCUUGAGUCUCUUAGAGAGCUGAGACACCUUAAAAUUCUCCACGUGAAGAGCAAUUUGACCAAAAUUCCCCCCAAUAUCACAGAUGUAGCACCGCAUCUGACGAAACUAGUUAUUCAUAAUGAUGGCACUAAGCUUGUGGUACUCAAUAGCCUUAAGAAAAUGACAAAUGUUGCAGAGUUGGAACUGCAGAACUGUGAACUGGAGAGAAUUCCCCAUGCCAUCUUCAGUCUCUCUAACUUACAGGAACUGGAUUUAAAGUCAAAUAGCAUACGCACAAUUGAAGAAAUCAUCAGUUUCCAGCAUUUAAAAAGAUUGACUUGUUUAAAGCUAUGGCACAAUAAAAUAGUCAGCAUUCCUUCAUCCAUUACCCACGUAAAGAAUUUGGAAUCUCUUUAUCUCUCCAAUAACAAACUUGAAACCUUACCUGCCGCAGUGUUCAGUUUACAGAAGCUUAGGUAUUUGGAUGUAAGCUACAACUCCAUUGCGGUGAUUCCAGUAGAAAUAGGUUUGCUUCAAAAUCUUCAGCAUUUUCACAUCACAGGAAACAAAGUCGACGUUUUGCCAAAACAAUUGUUUAAAUGUGUUAAAUUGAGGACUUUGAGUCUGGGACAAAACUGUAUUACCUCAAUCCCAGAUAAAGUAAGUCAGCUCUUGCAGCUGACUUACCUGGAACUGAAGGGAAACUGCUUGGACCGUCUGCCAGCUACACUGGGGCAGUGUCAGCUUCUCAGGAAAAGUGGGCUCAUAGUGGAAGAUCACCUCUUUGACACUUUACCCUCAGAGGUUAAAGAGGUGUUGAACCAAGACACAGGCAUUCCCUUUGCUAAUGGGAUUUAGACUGAGGUGAAAUGCUCUGGUAGCUGACUUCCAAAUGGCAAAAGCUGAAAUGUAUGGCAAUUGUGAGAUCGUGUGUUUUAGAAAGCAGAAUUCCUUGGAAGGCAGGAUUAGAAGUGCAACUGAGUGUUCAAUGUUUGCAGUGUUUUAAAAGUUCAUUUCCAAAAUUUUUGAGAGGAUAAAGAACCUUAAUAAUCUCAAUUCUUUUUUCCUUAAAUUGUUUGUAACUUGGAUGCUGCCGCUUUUGAAUGUUUACAAAUUUGCUUGCCUGCUUAAAGUAAAUGAUUAAAUUGA